GUACAUCUAUAAGAUCCGGUCUUAUUAUGCCAAAAAGUUACCAAGGAGUCUAAAAAUCUAAAAAUACCACGAAAUAUCAUAGUAUCUCAAACUAACGCUUCCCGAUGGGGACUGAUCCCACUGGAAAUUCUAGAAUAAAAAGACUACCAACACCGUCCCUCAGCCCUUGUCAAUCGUUGUCCAACGUGUUCAACCGCCAACUUGUGAUCAGCAAAACGAAGGGCCCUGGACUGGUCGAAAAAUCAAGGGACCCUUCUCUGUGUUCUCCACUUUUCUUUUUCUCAUCCUUUUGUUCUUUUUCUUUUUCUUGGCAGUGCGACAAGCGUUUCAUGGGGCAAUCUCUAUGGACCGCUUUUCCACCCAGUCGACCAACCUCCUGUCCGGAGAAGUUGAUUGAAAUGUCAUCCCCAAGGCAAGAAAAAUCCCCCCUCGGCUAUGCGCAUGUUGUGACCCACAGUGGAGUAGGCAUUCCUCAAGCAAGGCAAAUCAGAAGACAUGGCCCAACCCGCAAAGCCUGGAGAACGGCCACUGAGCGAUCGGGAGAGGGCCCUGGAGCUCCACCCGGGUGCGUGUCGCGCGAUCAUGAAGGGAGGCACUGCUCCCUGGGGAAGACCAAUGAUGAUGGACGGUCGGCGUCAGCCACCGGAAGGAAUCAUACUCAGGAUUGGUCGUUCCCUUGAUGAAGUGUGUUGUGUUGCUGCGUUCGGCUUGAGGAGUUGUACAAUAUCGUGCCUGGGAUGGGGCCUUAGGGUUUUCCCCUCCCGGUAGGGGUGGCAACUCUGACCUGGUGGAUAACAUUAGUAGGCUUUUUUAUUGUACGGUACCUCAGGCACCCAAGGGAUGACUUGAGGAUAU